GGGGCGGAACUUCCUGCAGCCUCUCUGCCUCCGCAUCCUCGUGGGCCCUGACCUUCUCUCUGAGAGCCGCGCAGAGGCUCCGGAGCCAUGCAGGCCGCAGGCCAGGGCACAGGGGGUUCGACGGGCGAUGCUGAUGGCCCAGGAGGCCCUGGCAUUCCUGAUGGCCCAGGGGGCAAUGCUGGCGGCCCAGGAGAGGCGGGUGCCACGGGCGGCAGAGGUCCCCGGGGCGCAGGGGCAGCAAGGGCCUCGGGGCCGAGAGGAGGCGCCCCGCGGGGUCCGCAUGGCGGUGCCGCUUGUGCGCAGGAUGGAAGGUGCCCCUGCGGGGCCAGGAGGCCGGACAGCCGCCUGCUUGAGUUCUACCUCACCAUGCCUUUCGCGACACCCAUGGAAGCAGAGCUGGCCCGCAGGAGCCUGGCCCGGGAUGCCCCACCGCUUCCCGUGCCAGGGGUGCUUCUGAAGGAGUUCACUGUGUGCGGCAACAUACUGACUGUCCGACUCAUGGCUGCAGACCACCGCCAACUCCAGCUCUCCAUCAGCUCCUGUCUCCAGCAGCUUUCCCUGUUGAUGUGGAUCACGCAGUGCUUUCUGCCCGUGUUUUUGGCUCAGCCUCCCUCAGGGCAGAGGCGCUAAGCCCAGCCUGGCGCCCCUUCCUAGGUCAUGCCUCCUCCCCUAGGGAAUGGUCCCAGCACGAGUGGCCAGUUCAUUGUGGGGGCCUGAUUGUUUGUCGCUGGAGGAGGACGGCUUACAUGUUUGUUUCUGUAGAAAAUAAAACUGAGCUACGAUUC